AGCCCUCCAUCGUUUCUCUCCACAUAGCAGAUUCAAUGUCUGGAAAUCCAGCAACCACGGCCCCAGCGGGGUCGCUCGCCGAGGCGCCCGCGCCGGCGCCCGUGCCUGCCGCCGCCGGCGAGCGCGGCCUGUCCGUGUCGCAGGCCAUGUCCAAAGUCAGGGAGAAGGGCAAGACGGCCUUCAUCCCGUACAUCACCGCCGGCGACCCCGACCUGGCGACGACGGCGGCCGCGCUGAGGCUCCUCGACCGCCUGGGAGCGGACGUCGUCGAGCUCGGCAUGCCCUUCUCGGAUGCCUCAGCCGACGGGGCCGUCAUCAAGGCCUCGGCGGCGCGCGCGCUGGCCGCUGGCGCGACGGCUGACUCCAUCAUGGCGAUGCUGAAGGAGGUGACGCCGGAGCUCUCCUGCCCCGUGGUGAUCUUCUCCUACUUCAGCCCCAUUGUACAGCGAGGGACGGCGAGCUUCGCCGCCGCCGUCAAGGAAGCCGGCGUGAAAGGUCUUAUAGUACCCGAUCUUCCUUACGCCGAGACAAGUGCUUUCAGGGAUGAAGCAAUCAAAAACGAGCUAGAGCUGGUUUUACUUACAACACCAUCUACACCGCCAGAGAGGAUGAAGGAGAUCACUGAAGCUUCAGGAGGAUUCGUGUACCUUGUAAGUGUCGACGGAGUUACAGGUGCCCGUGCAACCGUGAACCCGCGUGUUGAGAGUCUUCUUAAGGAGAUUAAACAGGUCACUGACAAGGCAGUGGCUGUUGGCUUUGGAAUUUCGACCCCUGACCAUGUUAAGCAGAUUGCAGAGUGGGGUGCGGAUGGAGUGAUCAUUGGGAGUGCAAUGGUGAAGCAGUUGGGUGAAGCGGCUUCUCCAGAAGAAGGGUUGAUAAGGUUGGAAGUCUAUGCCAGGAGCUUGAAGAAUGCACUGCCAUGAUAUAUGAAUGAGUCAUGAGUGAAUUCCAUUUUUACCCGGCCUUUCACGUUUGUGACAAUAAUUACCCCAUUUAGCAGAUUUUUACAAUUUUUAUCCAAUUUAAGCAAACUUGCGCCACUAAUUACCUAUUUUAAUAUAUUUGUUAGUGCCCGACCAGAGAUUAUGGGCGGCCCUCGAUACCA